GUUACAUUGUAACAAAAGUGGAGAAGCCCUAGCUCCUGCCAGCAGCCCAGACUCGCCCGCCGCCCGCUGUCUCCGACUAUGGAACCGGUGGCCAGCAACAUCCAGGUCCUGCUGCAGGCGGCCGAGUUCCUGGAGCGCCGUGAGAGGGAGGCCGAGCAUGGCUACGCGUCCCUGUGCCCGCACCGCAGUCCGGGGCCCAUCCACAGGAGGAAGAACCGAUCCCCCCAGCCGGGAGCGCUGGACAGCGGGCGGUCUGUGCACAAUGAGCUGGAGAAGCGCAGGAGGGCACAACUGAAGCGGUGCCUGGAGCAGCUGAAGCAGCAGAUGCCCCUGGGGGCCGACUGUGCGCGAUACACCACACUGAGCCUGCUGCGCCGUGCCAGGACGCACAUCCAGAAGCUGGAGGAGCAGGAGCAGCGGGCCCGGCGGCUCAAGGAGCGGCUGCGCAGCCAGCAGCAGAGCCUGCGGCAGCAGCUGGAGCGGCUGCGCGGGCUGCCGGGCGCCGGAGAGCGGGAGCGGCUGCGCGCGCACAGCCUGGACUCGUCGGGCCUCUCCUCGGAGCGCUCGGACUCGGAUCAAGAGGAGCUGGACGUGGACGUGGACGUGGAGAGCCUGGUGUUUGGGGGCGAGGCGGAGCUGCUGCGGGGUUUCGGCGCGGGCCGGGAGCACAGCUAUUCGUACAGCGCCGGCGCCUGGCUCUGACGCCAGGCUCUGCCCUGGUGGCCUCGACCCUCACCUUCUGCGCAUGCUGGUUUGAGCCCCUGGACAGAAACCCCUCCGAGCCUUAAGGGCUGUCUGGAGUCAUCUGUUGGCACGGACUAAAAGGACCCUUACAUGGGAACAGGUGCUUGGCCUACCCUGCUGCUGGCUGCCAGGCGGACUCUGGGGGUUGGAGGCGCCUGGACCUCCCCAAGCCUCUCCAGGGAAAGGGGCCUGCUUGCCCGCCCCCCUUCCAGGCCUGUUUGUAGCACUUGGCUCAGGAAGCCUCUUGAACCCUCACGUUCCUCCCGGGACAUGGCACCCUGGCCUCUGUGCCUCGUGUCCUGCACAGUAUUCGCAUUAAAAGCCUCUUUUGUAACUUC